UUUUCAUUAAGUGUUUGUCUUUUUAUUCUUGAGUUGUAAGAGUUCUUAACAUGUUCUAGACGUUGUUGUGAUUAGGUGCCAUGAAGUCAACUUUAGCUCACAGUGAUACCCAUAUGACAGAUAAGAGUUACCCUAUAGAGAUUCCUAGGCUGUAAUCUUUAUGUGAGCAGAUCACCAGGUCUUUAUGCCAUGGAGCCACUUGGUGAGUUUGAACCACCAAACUUUCAGUUAACAGUUGAGCACUUAAGCACUGUGCCAACAGGGCUUCUUUACAUACUCUAGAUAUUAGACCCUUAUUACAUAAUGUUGUUGAUGUUAUUCUUAGGUGCUGUCGAGUCAAAUCCCCAGAAGAAAAUGGCAGCAGGAAAUCAUUCCAUCAUGACUGAGUUCAUCCUUGCUGGGUUAACGGACAAACCAGAACUCCAGCUGCCCCUCUUUCUUUUCUUCCUAGGAACCUAUGUGGUCACAGUGGUGGGGAACCUGGGCGUGAUCACACUGAUUGGGCUCAGUUCUUACCUGCACACCCCCAUGUACUAUUUCCUGAGCAGUUUGUCCUUCAUUGAUCUCUGCUGUUCCACUGUCAUUACCCCCAAAAUGCUGAUGAACUUUGUGACAGAGAAGAACAUCAUCUCCUACCCUGAAUGCAUGACUCAGCUCUACUUCUUUAUUGUUUUUGCUGUUGCAGAGUGUCAUAUGUUGGCUGUGAUGGCAUAUGACCGUUAUGUUGCUAUCUGUAACCCAUUGCUUUACAAUGUCACCAUGUCUUAUCAGGUCUGCUCCUGGUUGGUGGUUGAGGUAUAUAUGAUAGCCUUGAUUGGUGCUACGGCUCACACCGGUUGCAUGCUAAGAGUGGUUUUCUGCAAGGCUAAAAUAAUCAACCAUUAUUUCUGUGAUAUUUUACCACUGCUGGAGCUCUCCUGCUCCAGCACUUAUAUCAAUGAAGUGGUAGUUUUAUGUUUCACUGUAUUUAAUGUACUUACACCAACCUUGGCAAUCCUUGGCUCCUAUGUCUCCAUCAUUGCUAGCAUCCUGAGAAUCAGUUCCAUUGAGGGCAGGUCUAAAGCUUUCAGCACAUGCAGCUCCCACAUCUUGGCUGUUACAGUCUUCUAUGGUUCUGUAGCAUUCAUGUACCUGCAGCCAUCAAAUGUCAGCUCCAUGGACCAAAGCAAAUUGUCUUCUCUGUUUUACACCACUAUUGUGCCAAUGCUGAACCCUCUGAUCUACAGCCUGAGGAAUAAGGAUGUCAAAGUUGUUGUAAAUAAAAUCAUUAAGAAAAGACAAUUUUGCAUUAGCAAAGAUUUAUAA